AAAAUUUCAAAAAUAAUAUAUGAACCUUACAGUUUUCGACCUCUUUGCUUAAAUCAAAGGAUUGUACACUUGUAAGUCAUUUCAGUUAUUGUAGAGUAAAAUUUAGAGGAAUUUCAUCAACGUUUUAAAGGAGAUGAUGAAUUCAAAAAAAUUGCUAGAUAAACUAAAAUUCAAAAGAGUUAGCUCGACAGUUUGGAGGACAAGACAGCUUUGAUUACCAGAAUAAAAAAAAUCAUCAAUGAAAGCAAAACAGCACAUAAAGAUGCUUUAUUCUCAGCAAAGAAAUUUGAGAUUGCUACUUAAGAAAAAGAAAAAGGUAAUUGUAACAAUCUAAAUCAAGUUUUUAAUGAAAAUUCAAAAUUGAAGAAUCAAAUUAAAACUUUAGAAUCUUUCAGAAAUACUCAAACAAAUCAAUUAAAUGAAUAUUAAGAAAAAUACAGCAAAGUAGUUGAUGAGGAAAAAUAAAAGAAAACAGAAUUGGUUGAAGGAUUCCAAUAAGAAAUCAAAGACAUCUCCACUAAAAUGGAAGAAGUCUCUAAUGCCAAACACAAAAGUUAAGCUGAGAAUGAAGCUUUGAAAGAAAAAAUGAAAGAAAUUCAAGAACAUGUUGAAAAAAGAGAUAAAAUCUUUGAUGAAGAAUUAAAUAAAUUAGGUAAUAUUAAUCAAUAUUCAUUUUAAAGAUUCACAAAGAAAAGAAAGAGAAACCAAAAUAUUUGAAUAAAUCAAUAACAUAAGCUAAUCUCUGGGCACUUCUGAAGGUUCUGAAGAAUAAUUGUAAAAAAUUAAAGAAGAAGAAGCACUAGUGGAAGCUCAUUUGAAUCCACAUCUAUAGAAGGCAGAAGAAUUCCAGCAAAUUCUUGAGAAAACAAAUCUAUAAUUUAAUUUAUACAAAGCUGAAACAGAAAAAGUAUCAUACCUUCGUCUAUAUAGCUCGCACAAUCAUGUAGAACUUUUGAGUAGAAGUCUUAAGCUUGCUAAAGAAAAUGUGAGAAGUCUGACAUCUACAUUGUGGAAUAAGCAAAAGAGGUAUUUAAUUAAUCUAUUUCUUAGUAUUAAACACUCUAAACUUAAUUAAAACAAAAAUAAGAGUAAGUAAAUUCAUUAUUAACACUAAAGUAAACAUUAUAAAGUGGGUUAUUAUGAGUUAUAU